ACCACAUGAAAUUGCACAAAAGCAGCCAAAGGCAAAAUCUAGAGAAAGUCCAUACUUUGCUUAUUUCUAACUUUCAGUAAUCUUUUACACAAAGUCAGAAGUCGGAACUGACGACGAUGGCCGCUACUACUGCUUCUGCUAAUUCACUGACCUCUGCUUUUCUUCCCCGCCUAGGAUUUCAUGGGUCAUCUCAUCAGAGCCUACAAUUGAGAAGCCAAAAGUUUGCAAGAAAAGCUGGUUCUGGCACAAUAACAGCUAAAUUUGAACUCCAGCCUCCUCCUUAUCCCAUGGAUGCUUUGGAGCCUCAUAUGAGUAGUAGAACAUUUGAAUUCCACUGGGGGAAGCAUCACAGGGCUUAUGUCGACAACUUAAAUAAGCAAAUAGACGGAACAGAACUAGAUGGAAAGACACUAGAAGACAUAAUACUUGUUACAUAUAAUAAAGGUGCUCCCCUCCCAGCAUUCAACAAUGCUGCUCAGGCCUGGAAUCAUCAGUUUUUCUGGGAAUCAAUGAAGCCCAACGGAGGAGGAGAGCCAUCUGGUGAAUUAUUAGAACUAAUCAACAGAGACUUUGGUUCCUAUGAUGCAUUUGUUAAAGAAUUUAAGGCAGCUGCGGCAACACAAUUUGGCUCUGGUUGGGCCUGGCUCGCAUACAAACCUGAGGAGAAAAAGCUUGCUUUGGUGAAAACUCCUAACGCUGAAAAUCCUCUUGUUUUGGGUUACACGCCGCUCCUCACCAUAGACGUUUGGGAGCAUGCCUACUAUCUGGACUUUCAGAACCGGCGGCCUGACUACAUAUCCAUCUUUAUGGAGAAGCUCGUGUCGUGGGAAGCAGUCAGUUCUAGGCUUAAAGCAGCAACAGCUUGAGCUGCUUAGCGAGAGCACAUAAAGGAGGAAGAGUCAAAUAUAGCAGGCACGAGAGCAAAUAUUUGAGGCAGAAUGAUUUUUGUUAAAGAGACACUAUUUUCAAUCCUGCUAUUCUUCUUUCUCAGUUGAGAAUUUAGAUGUCUUUAUUAUGUGCACUUUACAGUAUUUUUUCUGUUCUUUAGCAACUGUUAAUGGCAGGGAAAAAUGAAUCAAUUUGAGGUGUGGGACAACAAUGCAAGGACAUGAAUAAAUAAAUAAAUCUAUUGCGCUUUGAUGCUCUAA